AUGUCGGCACCAAUCUCUCUGUCCGCUGUCUCCUCCAGCGAGAGCCUCAUCAAGCUCCCUCACCCGUACCACGCCGAGUACGCCGUCCAGCGCGCCUUCAACCACGACACCUAUGCCGGCAAGACGCAGACGACUCCCCUCCCCGAGCGUCUUCACAGCGAGAACCUCUACUUCUCCGAGCCCGCGGACCUCAAGUCGAGCGAGCUCCCGGCCGACUCCAACAACAGCGCCUGGGCCCGCGCCCGCCGCUCCCCGAGCGCCGUCUUCUCGUGGGACGGCAAGACCAAGCCCACGCUCGCCCAGGCCUGGCUCCUCGUCUACGUCAUCUUCGUCCUCCGCCCCGCGGAAGAGCUCGUCCGCCUCGAGCUCCGCGGCGCCGGCGCCGACGUCCUCGGCCAGCAGCUCCGCGAUGUCCUCCUCGCCAUCGAGCAUCCUACCCAGACAGACGCCCAGAAGCCCGCCGCGUCCGCGGAGCAGUCCACCGUCGUCCUCCUCCGCUCCGCCUUCUGGCAGGGCGCCGGGUCGCCGUUCGGUCCCCGUCCCGUCUGGCUCCCGCAGGAAUCCCCCGCGGCCCUCGAUAACCCUCUCUCCUCGUACCCCUUGACCCCCCUCCAGCACACCAUGACGGCCGUCUCGGCCUCGGACCCGUCGAACCCGAACCUCUACCAGCAGGCGUGGCACCCGAUCCGGCCGGCCAAGCCUGCGCCGGGGGCCACGGUGUACAGCCGCUGGAUCCCGCAUCUCAAGGAGACGUUCAGCAUGGUGGCGCUCGACUACCGCAACGCGGAGCACCUGCGUCUGUUCCACGAGUGGCAGAAUGAUCCGCGCGUGUCGCAGGGGUGGAACGAGACGGGCACGCUCGACCAGCACCGCGAGUACCUGCGCAAGAUUGACGAGGACCCGCACCAGUUUGCCAUUCUUGCCGCGUGGGAGGACACUUUCUUUGCUUACUUUGAGGUCUACUGGGCCAAGGAGGACAAGCUAGGCGGCUACUACGACGCCCAAGACUGGGACCGCGGCCGGCACUCGCUGGUCGGCGACGUGCGCUUCCGCGGACCCCACCGCGUGACGGCGUGGUGGUCCUCGCUGAUGCACUUCCUCUUCCUCGACGACCCGCGGACCUCGUGGGUCGUGGGCGAGCCCAAGAAGACCAACGACACGGUGCUCAUGUACGACUUCAUGCACGGGUUCGGGCUGGAUAAGUUUGUGGAUCUGCCGCAUAAGCGGAGUGCCUUUGUGCGGUGCUCGCGCGAGCGCUUCUUCCAGCUUUGUCCGUUGGGGGAUAAUGAAAAGGUUGUGGGCGGGAUGAGGAUUCAGCUUGUGCCCAAGUUGUAG